UUCUAGUUAAACCUAGCAACCAUAUAAAUAAUAAAGUACUUAUUUUUAGCUUUUUGUAUGGUGCCUUGAAAAAUAAAACUAUCCGCAUCUGUUGGGCAAGUUUGGUGAAACGUUUAAGAAAACAUUACAAUCUUAUUUUUCAGAAUGCCCAUUAUUCGCUUGGAAUCUUCCGAUAAGGAAAUUUUUGACACCGACAUCGAGAUUGCAAAAUGUUCGGAGACCAUCAAAACGGCACUUGAAGACUUGGGUGAUGAAAGUGACAAUAGCAUAUUGCCCCUUCCCAAUGUUAACUCGGCCAUUUUACGCAAAGUUCUGCACUGGGCUACGUAUCAUGCUCAGGAUGAUCCACAACAGGCCCAAGAGGAUGAGAAUAAGGAGAAACGCACCGAUGACAUCUCAUCUUGGGAUGCCGACUUCCUGAAAGUCGACCAAGGCACCUUAUUCGAGCUUAUUCUAGCGGCUAAUUAUUUGAAUAUUCAAGGUUUAUUAGAUGUCACCUGCAAAACCUGCGCCAAUAUGAUCAAAGGAAAGUCACUUCAGGACAUUCGAGAGACUUUUGCCAUUGCCAAUGACUUUUCGCCAGCUGAAGAGGAAAAGGUGCGCAAGGAGAACGAGUGGUGCGAGGAGAAGUAAACACCAAUCAGCUUUCUGACAAAAAUACAUCGGUUUGUUCAAUGUCCUUUUAUUAUAUAAUUGCAUAUAAACAAAAUCUAAUGUUUUUAAUAUUUAGUACAUAUGUAUGUAUGUAUGUAUUUCUAAAGUUUUCAAUACAUUUUCAAAUAUGUGUUCAGUCGUAGCGGAUAAUUCUCGUAACCAUGAAAGCCGCCAGAUGGCGCUUUAGCUAUAAUAAACCGCGUGAUAACUGGUAUUUUUUUUAACGAAAUUUUUGCUUUUUGUAAAAUAGUCGUGAAAAAUGUAGCGUAUCUAAACA